UGCCGACCGGGUCACCGGGCAACCACCCACCCUAAAUUAAAAAAAGGAAAGAAGAAGAGAGAGAAACUGUGGAGACCGGAGGGUGGAGUGGAGAGUGCCGGCAUCACUCACCUAGAACAGAAGUGGGGUGAGAAGAGUUUCGGGAAGAGGAAUUAGAGACACUAAUCUGAAUGAACCGAUAACUACGAAUUGACUAUGACGCAAUUACAAGUAAAUAUUUAGCGAAGAUGAGAGUGGGAAGUGGAACUGUAGGCGGCAUUUUCGAAACCAACACUCUCUAGUCUCUCUGCCGCCUUCUCUCUCUCACGGGUUCUUCCGUCCCUCCUCCACUAGAUAAUCAUCACUGACGCGUCUACACAUCUCUGUUCUUCAAAUCGCUUUCAAUGUCGAUCAUCCGCAUGGCUCUCCGGAUGUCCAGACUUACCUCUCAACCUCUCCACGCUUCGGCCAUGCUCCAUGACCAUCGAUUCUUUCGUCAGAUGAGCACAAAUACACAAGAUAUUGCUGCCCGGCUAAGUAAUUCUGGUAUCUUCCGAACUCAAGGCCUGAUAGGAGGAAAAUGGACUGACGCGUAUGAUGGAAAUACCAUAAAGGUCCAGAACCCCGCCACUGGUGAUGUUAUAGUAAACGUCCCUUGCAUGGGCAAAAGAGAAACAAGUGAUGCAAUAUCUUCCGCAUACAACGCAUUCAGUUCAUGGAGCAAAUUAACUGCGAACGAAAGGAGUAGAUGUCUACGAAAAUGGUAUGAUUUGCUCAUUGCCAAUAAAGAAGAGCUGGGGCAACUUAUAACGUUAGAGCAAGGAAAACCUUUGAAAGAAGCCAUGGGAGAGGUUAUCUAUGGAGCUAGCUUCAUUGAAUUCUAUGCUGAGGAGGCAAAACGUGUGUAUGGUGAUAUAAUUCCAGCACCUUCUGCUGAUCGCCGGUUAUUUGUCUUAAAACAGCCUGUUGGCGUUGUUGGAGCAAUUACACCUUGGAACUUUCCUUUGGCCAUGAUUACUCGCAAGGUUGGCCCUGCCCUGGCUUGUGGUUGUACUGUUGUUAUUAAACCCUCUGAGUUUACACCCUUGACAGCUUUAGCGGCUGCUGAGCUUUCCCUUCAAGCUGGAAUACCUCCGGGUGUUGUGAACGUAGUUAUGGGGAAUGCUCCUGAUAUUGGGGACACACUACUUGAAAGUCCCAAGGUACGGAAGAUCACGUUCACAGGCUCAACAGCUGUUGGAAAGAAAUUGAUGGCAGGUUCCGCUGCAACUGUUAAAAAGGUAUCCUUGGAACUGGGGGGAAAUGCACCCUGCAUAGUGUUUGACGAUGCAGAUCUUGAUGUCGCAGUGAAAGGAAGUCUUGCAGCAAAGUUCCGUAAUAGUGGGCAAACUUGUGUCUGCGCAAACAGAAUAAUUGUACAACAAGGUAUUUAUGAAAAAUUUGCAAAUGCUUUUGCCAAUGCGGUUCAAAACUUGAAAGUUGGUGAUGGUUUUACUGAAAGUGUGGCACUGGGUCCACUAAUCAAUGAAGCGGCGGUGCAGAAGGUUGAAUCAUUUGUUCAAGAUGCUGUUUCAAAGGGGGCAAAAGUCAUGCUUGGGGGUAAAAGACAUAGCCUUGGGAUGACAUUUUACGAGCCUACGGUUAUCAGCGAUGCCAACAGUGAGAUGCUUGUGUCAAGAGAGGAAGUCUUUGGACCAGUUGCUCCUCUUAUGCGUUUCAAAACAGAGGAUGAAGCAAUCCAAAUUGCAAAUGAUACUAAUGCAGGACUAGCCGCAUACAUAUUUACAACAAACGUCCAACGUUCAUGGCGUGUGUCUGAAGCUCUUGAAUAUGGAUUGGUUGGUGUCAAUGAAGGAUUAAUCUCUACAGAGGUGGCUCCUUUUGGAGGAUUUAAGCAAUCUGGUCUUGGACGAGAAGGGUCCAAGUAUGGGCUUGACGAGUACCUGGAAAUCAAAUAUGUUUGCUUGGGGAACAUGGACCGUGCAUGAUACAAAAUGUAAUGUCCAUAGUUAGUUACGGCUGUUGGAUGAGGAAUGCGACAAGGAUGUUCCUGAAGAGCUUGGAUCCGAACUGUAGCGCUUUUCUUUGGAGCUCAAGCAUUAGGCAUUGAAAUAACGGUGUACUAGUGCAUUGUAACUUAAGGCCAGAAUGCCCUUUGCAUGCAGGUGUAAACGGUAAACUUGGGUUUGUGUAAACUUUACUUUCAUGCUAGCUAUUGUUCUUUUUGACAAUGCAUGAGUUAUAUAAACCAAAUGCAAGUGGAGAGCGAUAAUAAUGAGGAUUAGAGACCCA